UCAACUUCCGUUGUGAUUCAGCCAACUUGGAUACAAAAUGUUACCUAAACUGCCCAUCGUAAUAGUAGUAAUAGUGUUUUUGUACCUGACAUACAGAGUGAUUCCUGUCCAUAAAUUAUUCUUUGGUGGGGAAUGGAAUUCCCUAUGUAAGAAAACAAGCGAAGACACCAAGAACGCGGACCAUCAAGAAAAGUUUGGAGAUUUGCCGGAGCCAAACGCAAGCGGCGACCAAAGUUUUAAACAUGGAUGCAGCAUGACUGAUAUCGGGAUUAAAUUAAUGAGUCGAUACUUAAUCGGUGCCUUGAGUGGUGCGUUGAGUGUGAUCAUCUACGCAGCGUUGAAGGUUUCGGUCAAUGCAAUCACACCUUGGAUUGUUAGUUACUUUCCAGUCUUGCUGUUUCGACAAGAGGAACGUAAUACCCCGGUUCUUCGCAGGCGUACCUCAGUUGGUGCCAAAUACUUCCCGCGGCAUUAUGAUGGGACCAGUGAUUAACGUGGCGGAUUUCAGACAUCAUAGAUGUUCACUCAAGUAGUCACUCCCGCAUUU